AUGCACAUUGCUCAAUGCUGCGACGACGACGACGACAAUGAUGACGACGCCAUCAGCAACAAAGGGAGCGGUGGCGACUGUUCUGAUAGGGCUCACCAGGGCCCGUUAGCACAACCAAGUACCCUUCACUGUCCUUUCGACGGCUGUGAAAGAAACGAGCCAUAUACAACUCGAGGCAACCUCGUGAGACACUUUCAGAAGCACGUCCCGUGCAACGAGAUAUGCCCCUUCUGCGGCGAGGUUUUCAAGCAAGUACACCGAUACAUGAGACACGACUGCAAAAGCAACGAAGAUGGAUCGAAGAGGCUGUUCGUGCAGCAGAGGAUCACUCAAUUCAAUAAAGAUGUGAGCAGAGAGCUGGACGCUUUGCAGAGCCAUGGCAAAAAACGGCGGCGGGCUAUUCCAGAUUCGAACUCAGGACAGGCAGCAACGGCUGAAGGAUUCUCGGGACCCAUCGCAGAAUUUGACGCACCUGGCGGAGCGCCUUAUCAGCUUGGCUCUGCUAAGGCGAUAGACGGCGAACCAAAGACGAAAGCGCAGAAGCUAGAAGCUCCGGCUAGGUCACUGGAUGAAUCGAUGGCGAUCAUGGGCGCGAAGAGAGAAUGUGACUUGCAAUUUACUGCUGAGGAAGUUGACGGGGAAUGGGCUUUCGCUAGCACGGGGACGCUAGCAUGUGCAAGCAACGACAUAUGGGGGGGAUUGGAUCAGUCAGCGCUGGGCUACGGCGAGUGGGCCUUUGCCAACCCAGGCGUGAACUCGACUAUAAACAACGCGGAUUGGUCAUUUGAUCAGAACUUUGCUAAGCUGGCCUCGGGCGGCAGUAAAUGGGGAUUGCCUGACUCGUCGUGA